GCCCCCACCCCUUGAGGAUCAUUUAGCUGGGAAGUUUUCAAAUGGAGACGUUUAAAACAGGCUCUGUUACAACUUUGCUUUAUGCUGAUGGCCUGUUGUGUAUGCAAGUUCUUUAGUCUUCAGAAACGGCCUUGUGGCCGUUAUAGCAACCUGUUGGAUGUUUUUUAAGUUGUCUGAAAUUGGAAGUACUCUAGACCAGAGUCUAGAAUGGGUACCUCUGAGGGCGUCACUGAACAAAACUUGUUGCAUGUUAGGAUGAAAUCAUACUUCUAAUCUGUUCUGGAAUGGAGUGCGAUGGGUUUGUGGCAUUUACCCCAGAUCACUGUGGUUUGGAGGAGAAAAUGUAUGGAAAGAUGCAUCGACUGAUGUCUAACAUCACCUCACAGAAACAAGCGGAUGAUGGUGCUUUGUUUUCUGAGCAGAACACUGCAGCUAGCAAGACAUUCAUCCAGUCCACUGGGGAGACAACUCUGUUCAGCCAGAACAAAUAAGCCAGUGUUGACUUUAUUCACCAAGAAACCAUGCCCUCUAUGUGAUGAAGCAAAAGAAGUGCUUGAGCCAUAUAAGAGAAGGUUUAUUUUGCAGGAGGUGGAUAUUACCCUUCCGGAGAACUCGGUGUGGUAUGAUAAAUACAAAUAUGACAUACCAGUUUUUCAUUUAAAUGGGAAGUUCCUAAUGAAGCAUCAAGUAGACAUUCAAAAGUUUGAGGACCAACUUGUGAAGGUGGAGUUGCAACAUGAUGGGAACCAGUGAAGAAAAUGCAGCUGCUCUGGUGUGGAUCUGAAAGGACUGUGCAACAUAAAUUGUGUGAAAAAGUAGUAUUCAUUAUCUGGCCUUACGUUUCUGAGAAUGGAUGGUACCAGCGCUCUAAAAAAACUUGAGUGACUUGUAUUCUGUGUUGUAUUAGUCAUCCAGACCAGCUGCACCAGUAGCAACCUUUUCUGUACCAUUCAUGGGCUGCUACACCAGGCUGGCUUUUCAUUGACAAAAUAUAUGCUGCUCCGUAAGAGGAGAUAAAGUGAAAUGUGUUUCAGGAUUGUUAGUACGUGUAAGAGACUUCCUUCAAGAAGUCUAGGAGUCUAUCCUAGGUACUCAUUUGAAAUGGGGAAGGGGGCAUUUGCUCUAAAUGAAAAGGACACUUGAUUACAGACAGCACACUCUCACUGAAGCAGUUGUAUCUAUAGAACAAUCAUCACAAUUUGAUACAGCUGUUACUAACAUGAACACCGAAUAGUUUAUUUUUCUGCUAAUGGGAUGAAUAUAUGUUGCACUUAAGUCUGUUUUAUCUGUUCCAGCAAGCUUUGAGCUCCUUAGUACUUGAGUUACUCCCAGUCACAAGAAAAAAUAAAAAUAGACUGAACUAUAAUUGAGCCAAAAGAACCAAAUCUGUAAUGAAAACAGCACUUAUUAGCUCCAAACAUGUCUCUCUGAAUGCUACUAAUUUCAGAGUAUAAAAUGAAAGUAAGAAACCCUAAGAGCGCCUAAAAAUUUCCUGGCCUAAGAUAUGGGACUUCUGCCUUAGUUAUGUUCUUAAAAAAAGUUAUGUUCUUAAAAAGUUAUGUUCUUAAAAAAAAAUCCAUGCUAAUAUAUGGUGUUUUGCCCUGUUUGGGGAUGCUUGUGGCAUAAUUCUCCAUCAUUACAAAUCCAGUGAACAGAGAAAACAUGUUUCUCUGAUACGGAAACAGUGCUUGGGCGGGAAUGCAGACACAAUACCCAGUUAGAACAGCAAACUGAAAUUCACUAGGAUUCAUUAUGGGCUUUAGCUUUUGAAUUAAGGUUCAAUAGGAAGCCAGCUGAUCUGCUAUGGUGAAAGUAGGCAGUUCCUGUAUGGACCCAUCCUACAGCGUCUUUACUGUUUGACAGAUCAUUUGCAACCUGAUUCUGGUGUAUUCUGCAAGAUGAAAAAUUUCUGGGCAGUGGGGAGUGAGAAAUGAAAACAACUUCCAGUUCGGCACUCAGGAAGGGGUCUGAAAGUAUCCAAGAGUUCCCAGGAGGGAGAGCUGUCCCCUUUUUAUAGCAGAGAGCUUUAGGUAAGUUCAGCUGCAUCACCUGACUAUACCCUGUGAUUUAUAGGACUUCAGAAACUUCCAUUUCAUAGCACCUCAUCUUCCCUAAGCAGUCUGCAGAAAGAGAGUGGCAUCCAACAGGGAGGAUUUACUAGGUUUGCAAGAACUAAAGAGAAGCUUAGAAGUUUAAGCAUCUCCUUAAACCUGUUUAAGGCUUUUCAUCGGCAAUUCUGUAACUGUUUGAUCCAAAACCGAAAUUAUAGCCAGCUGUUGCUUCUAAAGGAAAACACUCAUCCUGACUUUUAAGUAACCAGUUUAUUCUUUUUGUAGCCCUACUUCAGCUUUAGAACCUGCUGCUUUACCCUCUUGUCGUGGUUUACAUUUGUACAGGAAGUGUAAGUUGAGGAGAUUGUUAAAAAAAACAAGCUAAAACUUCUCAGGAUGAAGUGACUGAACUUGAAUAACUCAGCAAAGCUUCAAGUGUGAUGCUUUCCCCAACAUGAGGGGGAAAAGAAAAGGCAAAACUUGAAAUGGCAAGAUGAUGCUUCUUGAUUUGUAGGCUGCAGCACAGCUUUGGCCUAUCGACAGUGCUUUUCAUUGCUACUGAGAGAAGAACAGGACCCUAGAGACAAAAAGUUCUCUACUUUCUGCAGUUCAUUAUGCUACAGUCAAACUUUUUAGCGUAUCACAACUUACUGUUAAAUAAUAGGUCUGAAUUACCUCUGUGACAGCAAGCGCCAUUUGCUUUCCUUCUAUAAUCUGAGAUGGUUUCAGAGGUCCCAGGUUUUUCCUUACUGAAUUUUUGUAAUAAGAGAACUGGCAUACAGCACUUUUAAACCGUAGUUCAAGCACUUUUCUAAAAUGCAGCAUUAUUAUCUCAAAGAUACGGAGGACAGAGGUCAUGUGGGCUUGCCCCAUUUCCCAAUAUACAUCACUGACAGAGGCUGGAAUAGCCAUCAGAGAGCAAUUUGCCUUUGUUUUAUUUUUAAUAAGGUCUGUUUGGGGAAGAAAAAAAAAUGGAAGCUAAAAGCAAACUUAAUCAUACAGGAGAUGAUGAAUCCCUUGUUCCUUAUUCAUUCAGACUGUGGAGGUUUUCUUCUGUAGCCGGUGCCAGAUUUUUUUUCCCCCCUUUGUUUUGUAAAGUGAAUGAUAACAGGAUUUCUAUAAUAGCUUUUGUCUAUGGCAUAGCCUUUAUCAGUGAGAUGGAGUUUUUCCAUUAGUUCUGGCUGUGAGUGCUAGCUGCUUAUAAUGUACAGAGAAGGGGUGGCUGCUGCUUCUGACUUCUUCUGGUGUGCGUGCAAACACAGCCGUGCACUGUGCAUGCCUCAAUCCUAUUUUCCUAGUCAACACCAGCAGCAGAUGCAGGUGCGUGAGGAGGAAGGUCAUUGUAGACCCACAUGCAAGCAACAGGCUGGGGCUCCAGGGCCCGGUGUGGAAAGACAACUGCCAGCCACUCCUCUCCAAACGCUACCCUGUCCAUCCAAAGCCAAAACAUGGGAUAUACUGCCAACACCUUACAGCGGUAUCCGAGAAGGCAUUACUGUUAUACUGUUUUGAGAGAGUGGAAGCCCUGUUCUCAUCAGUUUGCCUACAAAGAGAGGAGGUGGAAACAUGUCAAUAUGGAGUGUUGAUGGCACACCUCAAAGAAAGAGCUGUGCUAUAAUCGUUUUCAGAUGAAAGCACCACAGGACAAGGUGAUGAGCAAGAAGCUGACAGUUUGUUUUGGACCACAGGUGCUACUGCACGUUUGUCAUUGCAAAAUUAGGUAGUGUCAAGGUUGCUGAAAAUGUUAUUCCCUUCUCUGUUACCUUCUCCGAGGAAUACAAAAUACUGAAGUAAAAGCCCCAGGAGGCCACUUUAUCUUCUGAAGCCAGCAGCUCUGCUUAGUGGAAUAAUAAGGCAUUCAAUGACUAUCUUCACAUGUGAACACUUAGGAGGUCGCAUCUUCUGAGUAGUAGAUCAGACAGAGAAGUGUUCCAGCUUCAUCUCCCGUUUCCCUGCCAUUACCAGUCCUAAAAAUAGUCAUGUGAAUUUGUGAUCCCAUAGGCAAAAUUUAUUAACCUCAGUGGGACCAGAAUAUUCCCUCAAAUAGUUAAAUACUUCCCAUUUCUUUUGACAGGUGGGGGGACUGAACAAGUGCUUGUGUGACUUAGUACGACUAAGCAGGCCUGCCACCUUCAUUUUCCAAAACCAAGCAAGGAUGUAUCAUACAGAAAUGUGAGGGUUUUUUCUUCUUUUUUAAUGUAAUAAAUGCAGCAGGCUCCCAGCACAUGCAUCUCUCUAAUCAAAUGUGUUAAAGUAUAACCUUAAAAUGGGAAGGCAUAUGCCCCUGCUGAAUAUAUAUUUAUGGAGGCAUAUGCAACUUGGUGAA